AUGGCCACCACCAACACCAUGGUGGUCAACAGCACCAUGGCCACCACCGACGCCGUGAAGGUCAACAGCAGCAUGGCCACCACCGACACCAUGAAGGUCAACAGCACCAUGGCCACCACCAACACCAUGGUGGUCAACAGCACCAUGGCCACCACCGACACCAUGAAGGUCAACAGCCCCAUGGGCACCGCCAACGGCACCAUGGUGGUCAACAGCACCAUGGCCCCCACCGACACCAUGAAGGCCAACAACACCACCGUGCCGGCCAACAGCACCAACACCCUACUGGAUGCCCACCGACGGCUCCACCGCGGACAACCCUACUCCAACCACCGAUACCCCCCCCACCCCGAUGCCCGCUCCCACCACCACCACCACCACCACCACGAGCACCCCCCCCAAACCGGGCAAGAAAGCCCUUUGCUGCGGCACCGCGCGUUGGAGCUGGCCCCGGAGCAAGACGCCGUGGUCAAGGUGGUCGACGGCCACUUGGUCUACGUGUGCGGCACCUGCCACCGCUCCUACAUGACCCUGUAGCUGAAGCGCCACGCCAACGUCCACUCGUGGCGCCGCACCUACCCCUGCCGUUACUGCGACAAGGUCUUCGCCUUGGCCGAGUACCGCACCAAGCACGAGGUUUGGCACACGGGCGAGCGCCGGUACCAAUGCGUCUUCUGCUGGGACACCUUCGUCACCUACUACAACCUCAAGACCCACCAGAAGACCUCGCACGGCAUCAACCCGGCCUUGAUCUCCUCCGAGAAGACGCCCAACGGCGGCUACCGGCCCAAGGUGGACGCCUUGAAGCUCUACCGCCUGCUCCCCAUGCGGGCCCACAAGCGGCCCUACAAGACCUACAACCAGGAAGGCUUCCUCGUGCCGCCGCCGGCCCCGGCGCCGGCCCCGGCGCCCGCCUCCGUCAUCGCCUACGGGCCGUCGCCUUCGGUCAUCGUACGCAACAGCGCCGCCGUGCCGCCCAUCAAGAAGCAAGUGCUCAAGGAGUACGUCGAGGCGCAACAGGCGGCGGCGGUGACGGUGACGCCGGCGCCGCCGCCGCAACCGCCGCCGGGCGACAGCCGGACCAUGACGUACGUGGCCAAACCGCGUGCUCGGGGCCGCUGGGGGGGCUGUUGCCAGAUCACCGUGCGCAUCGGCCAGGAGGCCGUUGUCAAGCGGAGCAUCGCCGAGAGCCACCUGCACCCGCCGGCGACAGGCGGCGACGGCGACGCCGAGGAGCGGUUGUGGGGCUACAGCCCCAAAGCCAAGCGGAAGGCGGGGGCCGGGAUGGGGUGAACCCCGCCGCGUGGCGCCGGGGGUGGGCAACACCCGUGCGGGGUGUGCGGGAAGAGCUUCGCGGCGCUGCGGAAGCUGCGGCGGCACCAGCGGGGCCACGCGGAGCCCGGGGGGGACCAAGGGGGGACCCCGGCCCCAGCGGCGCGUGUGGGGCGGCGUCCGGCCCUGCGCUUCGCCUGUAGCCGCUGCGUGAAGGUGUGCAGGACGGCGGCGGCGCUCAGCCGGCACCUCAAGAGGCAUCAGGCGGAGCUACAGGCGGAAGAAGGGGGUGUUGGGGGGCAGGAGGGGGCGGCGGCGGCCCCAUAG